AUGCUUUGGAAAUUAUUUUUCUGCUAUUUCCUGUUGCAUUAUACUCCUGUUUUCUCCAGUGAUGGAACACUUAGAGUUAUGACUUUUAAUAUUUGGUUAUCCGGUGCAUCAGUGAAUCAUGGACUUCAAAAAAUCGCCAAACAUAUAGCUAUCCUUAAUCCAGAUAUUGUUGCUUUACAGGAAGUUGAAAACGUUUACGUGGUUGGAAAUCUCACACAAAUGUUAGGUGGAACAUGGACGGGGAUACAUCGUCAGAAUCAGAGCUUACCGGACGUGGCCGUGCUAACUCGUCAUGAGAUCCAUGCUCAUUCCUACACUGACACAAGUAAAGGAAUUGGUGUUCGAAUUUUGGUGGAUCAAUGGUAUUUCAUCAAUUUUUGGUCGAUGCACUUGGAUUACCUUGCUUUCGGCCCAUAUGCAGCCUAUAAUAAAUUGGUCACAUCAAUGGAUCAAAUCCUAGCCGGGGAGCAUCCGAGGUUUAGGCACGGUCGAGUGGAAAAUAUGGAAGAACUCAAAAAUAACUCAAGAAUGGCAGCCUGGAGGAGAAAGUCGGAAAUUGUGCCCGUGAUUGUUGCUGGUGAUUUUAACACCCCAUCGCAUCUUGACUGGACAGAUGCCACAAAGGAUAGGCAUGGCGGUUGGUCAGUGGUAUGGCCGGCAACUAAAGCAAUGCAAGACAUGAAAUUCAUCGACUCAUUCAGAGCGCUUCAUCCGGAUGUUGAUCAAGAUCCUGGCUAUACAUGGUCGACAGUGAAUAAAUUCAACGCAGAAUGGGACUAUGCCAUUCCAGAGCCUCAAGAUCGGAUCGACUUCAUCUUUUAUCAAGGGAAACUCAAUCCGAUCAAGUCCUUCAUGUAUGCGGGAAGUGAGCCGCUGAAGCCUAUCCCAUAUCAUAAGGACAACGAUUAUCCAUCAGAUCAUUUUGCUGUGAUUACUGAAUUUGAUGUUAAGGAUAUAUUGUGA